GCAGGGCCCGCCGGCGGACCGCGGGCCCCUCAGCGCGGGGCUGGUGCGCGACGCGGACGACGCGCGCGCUCCAGACGCGCGGACCGAAGGGGAGGGUCCAGGGCCACGUUCGGGGCAGCGUCGGCGGCAACGUCAGCGGCUGCGCCUCAGGAACGGACGACGACUGGAGCACCGGCGGCGACAACGGCUCGGUCCACGAGGGGCGCUGGGCGAGCCUGGCCCCGUGGCCGUGGGCGGCGACCAGCGAUGAGGCGGCCGCGGACGCGGCCCGGCUCGCCCUCGCCCUCGAGCCGCGGGGCGCGACGAUGGGCCCGAGCGCGGGCGAGAGCCCGCUGCUGCUCGGGCUCUCCCGCGCCCCGCGCCCCGCCGCCGCCAAGCCGACCCCUCCCGCCAGCGCCGGGACCGCUCGUGCGGCCGGGCGCCUGCUGGCGCUGAGACAGGCCGCCCGUGAGGACCGACCGCGAGGGUUGCUUCACCAGUCGCCAGGGCGCACGGUGGGCUUUCAGCUGCUGGUUGCGUCUAGGAUUGUCCAGAACCCAGCGCCCGCCAUUUUUCUGCUUGUUUUUUGUUCCCACGCCUGGACAGCCGGGCAUGCACGCGUGCUCACACUCUCUUGCUGUCCUCUUCCGAUCGGUCGUUCCGCUUUGUCCAUCUUCCUCUUAAUGAGUUGCUGCAGAGUUUCAGUUGCUGGCCGGAGGCUGGCGUUACUGCAUGUGAUUAUGUAUCUGCUACAGCUGGCGACGGGAAAGCAAACGGUAUGCAGCCAACGCCACGAAUAAGAGUUUCCUGACGCUGCUCGUAUCCCCGACAGCCUCAAGGUGAGGUGCCAUGCUGGGGGACUUUGAGGAGCGUAUUGUAAUAAAAAUGAAUAGUUCCAGCCAAACCAAUGGGUGGAUGAGCCCAAACAUGCUUUCUUGUUAGCGUGACUUCGAUCAUCUCAAGCGGUCGUACCUCACCCUAGCUUCAUGAGUUGCGUUGGCGGUUUAGCUCAGCUUUGCGCAGCCUCGUGGGGCGUAGCUUCCGCUCGCAUGUGCCCAGUCCAGCACAAGUCAGCACAGCUUCUCUUGGCGCAGCGCCCGGCGGGCGAAUUUGGCGCGGCUUGGCCAGGCGUGGCCCAGCUCUGCAGCCGAGCUGGGCUUAGCUUGGCCUGGGGUGCUUUGUCCUGGCCUUGCGAUGCUCAGCCUAGCUUACCGUGGCCGUGCGCAGCCGAGCUUCGGGUGGCCUAGCCCAGCUCGGUACAGCUUGGCCAAGCUGAGCCGGGCUGAGCCCAGCCAGUCUCGGCUUAGCUUAGUCCCGCUCCGACUGGCCCGGACUCGCGCAUCAUUACGUCAGGCGUGUCCCUCUACAGGAGGGAAAAUGGUUUGGGGAC